GGAGAGAUUAUAAUAACACUUAAUAAGGUGUUAAAUAGUUGUGACGUGCGCAAACUCCAGACUGCUGCUUAUAACUUUGAUUUGUCCUAUCUAUCAGCCAAAAUUCUACACCCAUAGUUUCCACCUUGUUGCAUCUAGGACGCACAACGUCCUGCAUUGGAAGUGAAUGUAGGAAGAAAGGUCAUCAUGAGUGACACCAUGGGCAAUAAGACUCAUUUUAUACUACCGAGUGAAAGUCUCUUAUGCGCAUCCUAAAAUAAUACUUGACCUGUGAGCCCCUUUUCUUCACUAUUCUAUUCUUGUUGAUUGUUUUCUGCCUAGCUGUCCUUAUGUGAGUUCAUGAGUAUCAGCCAUUUGACUAUCGGUUACCACACGGGCUGACAUCUGGUAGCCCCGAUACACACCUGUCCUUGUUUCUCCACUCCCCUAAGUAAAACCGGACUAACCUUUAACUUUGUUCUUAUUUCCAAUGUGGCCCUGCGACAAUAGUCUGUCAUCACACACAUGUAGAGGAAUAGAGAUGUACAUACAGCUAAGAUAGUAUAUGCUGAAUAUUGUACUUUUAGUGGUCGACUUACAGUCACGAAAACUAGGGACGGGUGUGGGAAUCGGAACUAAAAACCUCCAUAACCUAGAGACAUUAUUAGAUGUUGACAGAUAAAAGUAUAUAUAUAGAUGGCACAUGUUUGUUGGUCUCCUUAGCGUCUUGCUCCAAACUUUGGCGAGCAGGCUGUGGUCAAAUGUGAACAAUGACCGAUGGCGGGGGUUCAGCCACCUCUUUAAAGUCUCACUGUUACUUCCACUAACAGGUGUUACAGAAACCUUGUAAGACGCCCAAAUCACCAAACCUAUAAAUGAAGUUUUAUUACCGCUUCUCCUCUUCGAAUAUUGUGGCGAUGCUAUGCGCAAUUGUAAAUGUCACAGCUGGCGGAGAGUGGACAGAACCAGUGGCACAGUGACUAUUUUAGUGAGGCAUUCACGUUUAGCAAGGGCACCAUAAAUCUGAUUGAUUUUUCUCCACAGUCUUUCAGAAAGCUGACGGUGCCACUCCUCACACACGCAGGUUUGAAGUUGGUCUCAAGGAACAGCAGUGCGGGAUUUUAAGACAACCAUGGCUGAUGGACCUGUGAAAAAAAUCCAAGAUCUCCUCCUCUCGGAGGCUGGGGCUCAAAAUUAGACUCUUGGCAGUCGCUGCUCAGAUGCUGCAGGAGGAAACUGAGCAGAAGAUAAAGGAAAGAGAAGCUGCUCUGGCAGAAAGAGUUCCUCCUCUAAAUAUGUCUGGUUUGUCUUUGAAGGAGCUGCAGGACCUAUGCAGAGAUCUGCACCAGAAGAUUGAUGUUGUGGAUGACGAGCGUUAUGAUAUCGGCCUCAAAGUUACCAAAAAUGACAAGGAGAUUGAGAACAUGAACCUGAAGAUCAUAGAGAUUCAGAGUAAGUUCAAGAAGCCGACCCUGAAGAGAGUGAAGAUCUCAGCUGAGGCCAUGCUGAGCGUUCUGCUGGGCUCCAAGCAUAAAGAGUCCAUCGACUUCAAGGCCAACCUCAAAACGGUCAAAAAGGAGGAAGAAAAGAAGGAGGAGGUCACUGACUGGCGUAAGAACGUGGAGUCCAUGUCUGGUAUGGAGGGCAGGAAGAAGCUGUUUGACACCUCCAAAUGAAGAAAUUACUUCACUUUCAAAUCAGUUCUUGCCAUUGCUUACUUUCUCACCUAAAUUAUAUGGAUUUAUGAAUUGAAAGUCAAUCUUGGAAAGCCAUCCUUCACUGAAAGAAGACAGGUGUUGGGAUUCCGGCGUAUCUUAACUUAUUUAUUAAACAUUUGGUGUGUGGAUGAGUACGUUUGCAGCACUUCCCCUCUGCAGCCUUGUGAUGGCAGCAUCAUUCUUUCAAGGCGUCUCAAUAUACUGAGACGCAACAAUACAGUGUGUUGACUGUAGAGAAAUAUUGUUAGUCAUAAACAACUGCUUGUUAGUCAUCUCUUGCGAUAAACUGCCCAUUAUUUCCAAGCCAUUAAAAUGUAUUGGUUAUUAAAGGUAUUUCUAAAAAUGAAA